UCGCGGAAAUAGAGAAAAAGGGAGUCCAUCCGGAGAGAAACACUUUAGUGCAGUGUGCGAGAUGAUGGCGAGCUCAGUGACGCUGCUUCUAUGGAGUCUUCUUCUUCUCGGAACUCUAAGCGCGAUUCAGGCUAAGAAGUCCAAGGAAAACUUAAAGGAGAUCACACACAAGGUUUAUUUUGAUGUUGAGAUUGAUGGGAAAGAAGCUGGUCGUAUUGUCAUGGGUCUAUUUGGAAAGACAGUCCCUAAAACUGCAGAGAAUUUCCGAGCUUUGUGCACAGGGGAGAAAGGAAUAGGUAAGAAAGGGAAGGCUCUACAUUACAAGGGGAGCUCCUUCCAUAGAAUCAUACCAAGCUUUAUGCUCCAGGGAGGCGAUUUCACCCAUGGCAAUGGUAUGGGAGGAGAGUCUAUCUAUGGUGAGACGUUUGCUGAUGAGAACUUCAAACUCAAGCAUACUGGUCCAGGGUUUCUAUCAAUGGCAAACGCCGGCCAAGACACCAACGGAUCUCAGUUUUUCAUCACAACAGUAACAACAAGCUGGUUGGACGGGAGGCACGUAGUCUUCGGGAAGGUAGUGUCGGGAAUGGACGUUGUGUACAAAAUCGAAGCUGAGGGGAAUCAGAGCGGAACUCCUAAGAGUAAAGUUGUGAUCGUUGACAGUGGCGAGCUUCCUCUGUAGCUCAAACUCUCUUGUAGUUUUCUCCAUCUGUUCCUAAAUCUAGUGCUUGACGACUUUUGUGUUUAAACGACUAUCUUAGCCAUUUGAUAAAGAUUCGACCAUUCUGGUUUCA